AUGAUGCUCAUGCUCAACACUAUGCUUGUGCUCUUCGUUCAUGCAGUGCACUCAAUUCCAAUCCACCACUACAAACCAAGAGCAUUUCGUCCCUACAUUACUCGUCCUCCACCUCCUUCCGAUGGCGCCGAUACUAGUACUGAUUUAGAAUCGCCGCCACCGCCACUGCCACCACCACCAACACCAAAUCCAAAUCCAAAUUCAAAAUCACCGUCUUCGUUGGAAGGCCGCAUUCGAAAUAUUAAUCAACUUUUAUGUGAUGAAUCCUGUUCACUUGAAUGCUGCCGCCGCUUUGUCUUCAAUGAUAGCUUAUGCCUUCGCGGCCUCCUUCCUGAACCGGGCUUUCCCCGUCCCCAAUAUAUCGCCGGGCGCCGUUCCCCUUAUACCUUUUGCAAGUCUGAAUGUUACAACAGAUGCAACUAUGAAAUGCCCCCCAACCUCUAUCAAUGCACUGCUGGAUGUGCUUAUAACUUCAUUACUACUAAAUCAGCGGAAUUAACACAUGAUCCAGCUGCAGAUGCUGAUGAAGUGCGCAAACAUGUUGCUUCCUGCUACAACAACUGCAAGACGUAUUCUGAACUAUUGUGA